GAACUAAACCAGCCACUAGUUUGUCAUCUAAUUCUGCAGCAAAAAGAAACUCUUGCAAGUUAAGGCAAAAACUUAGCAGAAGCUUAACUAUCAGUUAUGUGUUCCUAUCCAUCUACUAAUGUCUUUUAUACUGGCAACUACACCACCGAGCUGCUAAGGGUCGAAUCUGAAUCACAUACACUUAAUAUUCCACCACCAAAAUCUCUCUUGAUUGCCACUCCUCUUGAUGCUGAAGAAUUCCCACUUCUGCUGUUCCUGCAUGGCUAUCUUCUUUACAAUUCAUUUUACUCUCAGCUUAUCCAACACAUCGCUUCUCAUGGCUUCAUUGUUAUUGCCCCUCAGUUGUACACAGUGGCUGGAGCUGAUACAAGUGAUGAGAUUCAUUCUGUAGCUGCAAUAACAAAUUGGCUAUGUGAAGGACUACGGAAAUUUCUUCCACCAAAUGUAAGACCAAAUUUUGGCAAGCUAGCACUUGCCGGCCAUAGUCGUGGAGGCAAAACAGCAUUUGCUCUUGCUCUAAGAAGAUUAAACAUAACCACCAAUCUCAAGUUUUCAGCAUUAAUAGGUGUGGACCCAGUUGAUGGAAUGGACAUAGGAAAGCAAACUCCCCCACCAGUUCUCACCUAUGUUCCUCAAUCAUUUGAUUUUGAUAUGGCAGUGAUGGUUAUUGGUUCAAGUUUAGGUGAAGUGAAAAGGAACCCCUUGUUUCCCCCUUGUGCACCUAAGGGUGUCAACCAUGAGAACUUCUUUAAUGAAUGUAAGAAACCAGCUUGGUAUUUUGUGGCCAAGGAUUAUGGCCACUGUGACAUGCUAGAUGAUGAUACCAAAGGGAUUAGGGGCAAAGCUACCUAUUGUCUAUGCAAAAAUGGAGAGUCAAGAGAACCCAUGAGAAGGUUUGUUGGAGGAGUUAUAGUUGCAUUCUUGAAAGCUUACUUGCAUGGUGAUGAUGGGGACUUAUUGGCCAUAAGGGACAGACAUGUGAGUCUACCAGUGGAGAUCAAAUGUGAUUUUUCUGUGUGAAAAAUCAGAGGAAAUUGAGUAGAUAUUUCUCUGUUAUCAUGACACAAACACAAUUUGACUUUUCAAGCACUGGCUGUCUUUACACACACACACACAGAGAGAUUAGACAAGGGAUACAAGUGCAUCAUGAGCAAAACAUUAAGAGUCCCCUUUUUUUUCAUGGAGUCUAUUUCCGUCAAAUAUAGAAAUACUAGUUUGUAGCCAUAUAAUUUAAAGUAUUUUUGUUUUGAAAAAAUAUUUGUGUAUAAAUUCUUAUUUAAGAACUGAAUAUUUUAAGUCAUAUAUGUUUAAAUUUUAGUAAGUUGUACAU